AACAUCAAGUCUCAGAUAGUCCUACAGCUCCGGGACCUCGUCCAAUCGCCCGUGGUCGGGUCGUCAUGGCGACAGGGCACGCUAACGCAGGCGGUGUCGGAGGGAGACCUGCUAAGCUGGACCGCAGGGGGCGAUGGCGCAGAACCUCUACGGUCCACACGUCCGGAUAGGCAACUGGAAUGAGGACGUCUACCUGGAGGAGGAGCUCAUGAAAGACUUCUUAGAAAAGAGAGAUAAGGGAAUACUUCUCAUACAGAGAAAUAGAAGACUAAAAAAGAAUCUUUUGAGACCGAUGCAGCUUUCCGUAUCCGAAGAUGGAUACAUCCAUUAUGGCGACAAAGUGAUGCUUGUGAACCCCGACCAUCCUGAGACAGAAGCUGAUGUGUUUCUGCGUGGGGACCUGAGCCUGUGUAUGACUCCAGAUGAAAUUCAAGCCCAUCUGAGUGAUGAACUCAAGGUGCCUUGUGACCUGAGUGCGGUUCAAACCAAGACCCCGGUUGGCAGAAACACUUUUAUCAUUUUGAGUAUAGACCAAGAUGCCACUGGUUGCGUCCUUAAAUAUGGGCAGAACUUUUGCCUUGGAAUAACAGGAGGAUUUGAAAACAAAAUGUUGUAUGUAUCAAGUGACCACAGGACCCUCCUGAAAUCGUCUAAGAGGUCUUGGCUCCAGGAAGUGUACCUGACGGAUGAGGUCUCCCAUUUGAACUGCUGGCAGGCUGCCCUCCCUGACCCUCAGCUGCGCCUGGAACAUGAAGGCUUGCCCAUCCCGGCAAAUACCAAAAUUCUCAUCAAUCACUGCCACACGAAUCGGGGACUGGCGGCCCACCGACACCUUUUCCUAAGCACCUAUUUUGGAAAGGAAGCGGAGGUUGUAGCCCACACCUACCUGGAUUCACACAGAGUGGAAAAACCAAAGAACCACUGGAUGCUGGUUACUGGAAAUCCCAGGGAUCACUCAUCCACCAUGUUGGACCUGCCCAAACCGCUGGCAGAGGAUACGCGAGCCAUGGAACAGGCCAUGGGUCUCAACAUGCAGUAACAUACCAGGCACACAUGUAUUCUCUCAGGCCCUGCUGUCAUCAGAUGUGGCUGUAAAAGAAAUUGACAACCUUGGCCAUGCCUCAAGCUAUUUCAUAGUAAGAUGUAGAACUCUCUGAGCACUAUGUUAAAACAAAGGCUAUGUGAAGAUUAUUGAAUCUGUGAUGAGGGUCUAGGGCUAGAAAAAAAAAUGUGCUCUGGGGAAUAAAUAGAAACAAGAGCCCUUUGUUGACAACCAAAUUCUGAAAGACUCAGCUUCCUCUGCUUAGAUCCUUCACGGGAGCAGUCUCUACAGGGGCUGGGUGUUACUUUUUGAAGUUCUGUCUGUGUAAUAAAGUGAUUAGAACUAUACUGGCUUUUUGGCACCACUAUGUCCCUCUCUACUCUGUACCAGGAAAUCAACAAUGUGUAGCUGUGAACUUGCCUUGGAAUAAAAAAUACUCCCCCCUUGUAAAACAUGCUAUUUUUAUUUCUCUCUCUGGCUUCGGAGGUCAGGACUUCUGACUGACUGGUAA